AGGUGGCUUAGUUAUUGGAGAACAAACGGCACUAUGAUUCAUCAAUUCAAUAAAUGUUUCUCAUCAGACUUGUGUUGAGGUCAUGGACAUAAUGCUGCCACAUAUAAAGGUUUUGCGAAUAAUUUCAAAAAUAUAUAAAGUUGUUAGUUUAGCAUAAUUUUUCAUACAGAAUAAGAUUGAUUGAAGAAAGACAAGCACAUUAGCAAAUAUCUUUAGCUCAGAAUAUGCAUGCUGAGAAUGUUUUUAUUUUUCUACAGAAAUUAGAAGGAAAUGAGUAUAUUUACUUUAAUCCAACACCACAAUUAAAUUUGAAUGUGGCAGCAAAUGUUUUCUGGACUCAACUAUUUUUCCUUUUAGGAUAAAUACAAGUUUGGACCUCUCUCAAUUUGCUUACUUCCAAGCAACAUGCUAAGAAAAAUUAAAUGGAAAAAGCUUCUCGCAUUUCUCAAUGGCUCAUAAACUAAAUGGGUGCUUGGAAUCCGAUAAAAAUUUCUUCUAGAAGAAAUGUUUUUCAUGAAGGACUAGAUUUAGAUGAAAAAUACCAUGAUUCAAAAACUAUAACUUAUGGCCAUAAAAAUUGAAUAAGAAAAAGCAGCAACUAUACCUUAAUCCAAUCCAACAAAAAAUAAUUUGCAUUCAUGUAGUAACAAAGUGGAGUGUGACCUCACCUCGCCAAGUUUCUCUAGUGAAUCUGAAGCUCAUUCCCUUUCCAUUUCCCAACAGAAAUAACCACAAAAAGCUUCCCGCAUCUGUAACUAGCAACUCGAACAGAAUCUCGACAUGCAAGUCUUCCUCUUUACCAUUUCGGUAGCUUAUAAAUUCACAAACUUUUCUCAUUUUCACCAAGAAGUUUGGAAGCAAAAGUAUCCAUUGCAGAAGAAAUUUCAGCAAUGGGGGAGUUGGUAAAUAAAUGCAGUACAUGUCUUGAGCUUGGCCACUUGAACCAGAUGGCAACUCAGACUGUUCAUGGUGCACAGUUUGCUGCUCGAGUUUCCAACUGUGAAACUUGUGUGGAAAUUAACAAAAAGGGAAAAUGUCGGGAAAAAAAUAAGGGAGUGGUUUUGGAGAGCGAUUAUCAUAAAAGUGAAAAUAGUUCAUUUGUUCAUUCAGUCAUCAACAUGGUUGGAAUGCUUAUUGGUCUAGGACAACUAUCAACUCCUUACGCUUUAGAGAAAGGAGGUUGGAGCUCUGCAUUCAUACUCGUGGGGCUUGGCAUGGCAUGUGCUUACACAUCAUAUCUCCUAGGAAAAUGCCUGCAAGAGGAUUCCACUUCCAAAAACUACCAAGACAUAGGAGAGCAAGCAUUUGGGAGAAGAGGAAGGAUCAUAGCUUCCACAUUCAUCUACCUAGAGAUCUUCUUUGCUCUUGUCUCCUACACGAUCUCACUAAGCGAUAACUUGUCGCUUGUUUUUGCUGGUACUCGCAUUGAACUUCCUUGGCUUCAUCUCUCAACAACUCAGAUCCUCACUGUGAUAGCUGUGAUUGUUGCUCUCCCAAGUAUUUGGUUACGGGACCUCUCCUCCAUUUCUUUCCUCUCUUUCGGAGGAAUCAUCAUGUCUCUCCUCAUUUUCUCCACAGUGGGAUCAAUUGCAGUAUUUGGUGGAGUGAAAGCAAACAAGAGUAUUCCAGUUCUUCAUCUAAGUAAGAUACCUGAGAUCUCUGGCUUAUACCUUUUCAGCUAUGCAGGUCAUAUUGUUUUCCCAAACCUAUACAAGGCUAUGAAGGACCCUUCCAAGUUCACAAAGGUUUCAAUCACAAGCUUUGCCCUAGUCACAGCCCUCUACAGCGCCCUCUCCUUCCUAGGCGCCAAGCUCUUCGGACCCUCAGUCAGCUCCCAGAUCACCCUAAGCAUGCCGCCCCACCAUAUUGCCACCAAGAUCGCGCUUUGGGCCACCAUACUAACUCCCAUGACCAAAUACGCUCUCGAGUUUGCCCCUUUCGCCGUCCAGCUAGAACAUAGCCUGCCGCCGUCGAUGAGCUCCCGAACCAAGACUCUGGUGCGUGGCGCCAUAGGCUCAACUCUGCUAUUACUGAUCCUAGUGUUGGCGCUCUCCUUGCCCUACUUCGAGCACGUCCUCGGCCUCACGGGCUCUCUUGUUAGCAGCUUCAUCUGUUUAGUAUUCCCCUGCGUCUUCUACCUCAAGAUUUGCUGGCGUCGGGUGGGAAUUGCAGCGAAGGUGCUUAAUGUGAUGAUUAUCGUCGUUGGUGGAGUUUUUGGUAUAACGGGGACUGUUUCGUCGUCUAGGUCGCUAAUUGAGAGCAUUCAAAGGGCUCACUCUCGCUGAAGCUGCUUCAGAAAUUUUCCUCCUUCUGCUGCAUAUCAAGGUUGAAGAAGAGAAGAGCAAUGCCAAGGAUUUUGGUUGAAAUAAAUGCGCGGAUCAAUGGGGGACAAUGCUUCAUGUUUUUGAUAAUGUAUCAAAGCUAUUAUCCUUUAGUACUUGGAAAAAGUUCGUAGAGGCAAUUUCUCAAA